UAUGCUGCGCACGUUUUAUUAAAUUGUGGUUCAUACUUUAAUAGUUUCUUAAAUUGUAAUUUUUGAAAAAACCCAAACUAAAGUUAUUAUUUAUUAAGUAUAAUAAAUAAAUCAAUUAAUAAAUCAAAUAAUCGUCUACGGGUAUAACGACGCAAUAUGAGUGCAAAGAAUAGUGAUAAUGACCGUUAUAAAAAUGAAUAUUCUAGAAUAAGAAAACUGACGAGUAGAUAUGACAUACGGACUCAAUCAAAUGAAUUCGGUUUGUCGGAAGAUCAAGUUGCGGAAUUCAAAGAAGCAUUUAUGUUGUUUGAUAAAGACCAUGAUGGACGGAUAACUGAGGCAGAACUAGGAGUGGUUAUGAGAUCUUUGGGUCAAAGGCCUACUGAAACUGAUUUGAGAGGUAUGGUUAAAGAAGUGGAUAAAGAUGGCAAUGGUAGUAUUGAGUUUGAUGAAUUUCUGCUUAUGAUGGCUAGAAAACUAAAAGCAGCAGAUGGUGAAGAAGAAAUGCACCAAGCAUUUAGAGUAUUUGACAAAAAUGGAGAUGGAUUCAUAACAUUUGAUGAGCUCAAACGUGUUAUGUGUAGUAUAGGAGAACGACUCACCGAUGAAGAAAUUGAGGAUAUGAUAAAAGAAGCCGAUUUAAAUGGUGACAAAAAAAUUGAUUAUAAAGAAUUCAUUACAAUAAUAAGUUCUAAGAAAUAAAACAAAUAACGGACUUGGAUGAUGUACCCUCAUACGGCAUUCGUUCCUCAUCUGCAUCAGUGUCAUUGGCUGCUAAUACUUUACUUAAUAAUAAAC